GGCGAGCCGAGAGCUAAAGAGAAAAUAAUACAAAGAAAAAAAUUGGAAGGGAGGCUUCCAUAUAAACCGGGUGGAAACACACAUCGUUAAUUAAUAAUUAUUCUGACUUACUGCCGCUUCCUCAAAAACUCUUCGGGACGCAGAUUUUAGAGUUGUAUGGAAUCGAAUAUAAUGAAAUUCCUCGAAGAAGACGAGGAUGAAACAAUGCAUUCUGGGGCUGAUGUGGAGGCUUUCACGGCUGCAUUGAACAGAGAUAUUGAAGGGGAUGCUUCUACAUCGCGGCUCCUGAGUUCAGAUAAUGUAGUCUUAUCUCAAGGAAGCAGUCAUACAUCUAGUUCAUAUCUUCCGCAGUGGCAAACUUCCAGCCAUGAUGAAAGUGUCAAUUUUCGAAGUGAGCAUGAUCUAACUGCUAUGGAGCAAAAUGAACAACAUUCAUCUCAAUCUCAGCUACAGCCCCGUGGGCCAGAAUCUGAGAAUCAGAAAACACAAGCUAACCAAAAUACUAUUCCUGUAUCUCAACCAACGAGUGUGAAGAUAUCUGAAAAGAAUUCCGUCCACACACCAGGGACAGAUCCAGAAGAAAAUCCAGAUAGGGAGUCACAGCUGGACAAAUUACAGAAUAUGACUAAUCAACAGCCCAUGGCAAUGGGGUCGAAUAAUCAACAUAAGUUUGCAAUAGGGACCAAAAAUCAACAGCCCAUGUCAACAGGAACAGGGAAUCAACAAACAAUAGCUACGGGAAUGGGUAAUGAACAGGCCUUGGCGGUGAGUCAACAUGCCAUGGGAGCUGGGAUAAGUAGCCAACAGUCCAGCACCUCAGGGAUGAAUAAUCAACAGACCGUGGCAAACAAUAAUCAAGAGCAGGGUAAUUCAUUGAAAUUAGGCAAACAAGUGCCUUUUGGUCUGUUGCUUCCUAUCAUACAACCACAACUCGACAAGGAUAGGGCCAUGCAACUUCACACUCUUUACUUUAAACUUAAGAAAAAUGAGAUCUCUAAAGAUGUUUUUGUCCGACAUAUGAGAAGUGUGGUAGGGGACCAGAUGUUAAAGAUGGCUGUAUAUAAAUUGCAGACUCAACAAGCUUCAAGGAACAUCCAGACUGCACCGAAUCAAAUGCCAUUACAGUCUCAGGCCUCUGCACAACAAUUGCAAAUGCCAUCAACUGAUUUGACAAGCGAUAGUAGUGCUCUGAAAUCCCGGGAGGUGGAACAUCAGGUAGAUUCACAUGGAAAGGAUGUAAAUCAAAUGUCCUCUUCCACUUUGAAUGUUUUGAGUCAGGACAGGAAGCAGCCAGCAUUUCCAGUUCAGGGGCUUAAUAAACAGCAGCAACAGCAUUUGCACUUCUCACAGGCAUCUUUUCCAACAUAUGGAAGUGCUGGGAGUAGUUAUCCUCCUUAUUCUGCAACAUCUCUCAGACAGCAACCUCAUGAUUUGCAAAUGAGGCAAGUUACAGCUCAUCAGAACAUGAAUGCUAACCAGUUGGGUCCUACAACACAGGCAAUGAAUAUGAUGAAUGUGCCUAAGUUUGGCAGGCCUAAUGCUUUUGGUGAAACAAAGAAAAUGCAACCGGGAGCCGUGUCUCACAUGAAUAACAAUACAACACUGCAACAAAAUCAAGUCCAGUGGUCAUCAUCCACCAGCAAGGAGCAGAAAAUUGGAGUUUCAUCAUCAAUGUCUUAUGUGAAGCAGGAACCACAUGAUCAGUCAAAUGACCAAAAGCACAAUGCCGACGAGCAUGUUAGUCAGGUCAAUCAGGGAAAUUUUGCAGGGAAUUUGAAAGAAGAAUCCUUAGAGAUGCACUCUUCUAGAAUGGGAUUCACAAUGCCAACGAGCAUGUUAUCCACAAAUUCAGUGCCCUCUUCCAUUACAAACCAUUUGGAAACUAAUUCAUUGUCAAACUCCCGGAUACCUUCUUUGACCUCUUCUAUUGGACUUGGAAAUAAUUCUAAGGCUGUCCCCAAAAAGAUUUCCGUUGGUCAGAAGAAGCCACCUGAAGCACUUGGUUCUUCUCCACCUCCAUCAAGUAAGAAGCAAAAAGUGUCUGGAGACUUUCUGGAUCAAAGCAUUGAACAACUGAAUGAUGUUACUGCUGUAAGCGGAGUUAAUAUCAGGGAGGAGGAAGAACAACUGUUCUCUGGCUCCAAGGAAGAGUUUCGGGAUUUGGAGGCAUCUAGACGGGUUGUUCAAGAAGAGGAAGAAAGGCUGAUGUUGCAUAAGAUUCCACUUAAGAAGAAACUAAUGGGAAUCAUGGCUAAGUGUGGUUUGAAGAAUAUAGGCAAUGAUGUGGAGCGAUGCUUGUCCUUGUGUGUGGAAGAAAGAAUGCAUGGACUCAUUACAAAUUUAAUCAGAUUGUCAAAGCAGCGGGUUGAUAUAGAGAAGCCAAGGCACAAGACUGUCGUCACUUCUAAUAUUAGGCAACAGAUUAUGAUGAUGAAUAAAAAAGCUCGGGAAGAAUGGGAGAAGAAACAGGCUGAAACAGAAAAACUUCUAAAACAGAAUGAACCUGAGAAUGAUACUGGAGUUGAUGGAGACAAGGAGAAGGAUGAAAAUCGUGUAAAAUCAGCAAAGGCUAACAAAGAAGAGGAUGAUAAGAUGCGUGCAACAGCCGCAAAUGUUGCUGUCCGAGCUGCUACUGGAGUUGGUGACAUGCUUUCAAGGUGGCAAUUAAUGAUUGAGGCCAAGCAGAAACAGGGAGGAACUGAUGUGGCAUCUGAUUCUCAGUCUGGUAAAGAUGUUGCACAGAAACCUUUACCAUCCUCUGCAAGACGCACAAAGGAAAAUCAAGAAGCAGAAAAAUGUGGUCAUUCGGUUGCCAGUAACAUCCCUGCAGAGAAAAGGACGGUAGGGAGAAAUCAAGUUGUGGCUGAGGCUCGCAGCAUAUCAAUUAAGGAUGUGAUUGCGGUGCUAGAGAGAGAGCCUCAAAUGUUGAAAUCUACACUGAUAUAUCGCUUGUAUGAAAAGCUUAGUGCUGAUGCUGCUGGGGAAUGAUCCGAUCAGCUCUUAGUAAAAGAUGCGAUUCUCAUUGUAGAGAUGGAUCUGCAAUUGUCACAUCCCUUGUAUACAAAGGAUGGUGCUAAUGUUGUGUAUAUAUUAUUUAACUGCAGUAAGUGCAUUACAAGAUUCAUAGGAACUGCUGCAGUUGAUUUUCAUUUUAUUCUUUAAUUUUUGCUGAUCGACAUCUGUGUGAAUCCUUACUAAUUCUCAAAGGAAACGAAGACAAUGAAAAUGAUUUUUCUGUGUGAUUCUGAAC